UUCCAGCUGGCGAAAGCCGUCUUCGCGAUCCUACUCAAGUAUGGGGAAGGGGGACGGGGGAGUGACGGUGACGGCGCUGGGGCUGAGCCCGCUGCCGGCCGCCGUGCUGGCGGCGCUGGGCGACCUGGCCAGCGGCUGGCUGGCGCCGGCGGUGGCAGCGGCGCGCGGCCGUCAGCAGCAGCGGCUGCUGGUGCCCGCCCACCUGCACAACCAGCAAGCAUUUCUCUGAACUGGGUGGUGGGUGCGGCCCUACCUGAGGGACUGUGGCUGCUGGGGCAUUUGGAGGGUGGCGGCGCUGGCAGUUAAUGACGGCAGCUAGCGCGGGGCGGCGUGAAGCACGUGAAGUGUGUGUUGACGCGAACUGCCUGGCCGCAGCGGUUACUUUGGUGACCAGACAUGCAGGAUGAGUACGUGCAUGUUCGUCGCUGCUGAUGCUGCUGUGCUGCCGGUUGUGCUCUUGUUGCUAUUUCUGGCGGGCCUGCUUCUUUGUCUGAGUCUGUCAGCCAAGGCACGGGCAUUGCGUUUCUGACAUCUGCAUUGACCGUGUGAAACUGUGUUCCUUACGUUCAAAGCUACACGUCGUCCGUGGUGCUGCUGGGUCUUGCAUUACUGCAUUGCGAGCGGGGAUGUUCUUUUCUAGUCUGUGCCCUCGGUUAAGUUGCGAUCGUCUCUCCUGCAACUGAUACUUCUUUAGACAUCGUUGUGAUGGCAAGGCUUCCGCUGGCGUGUUGAUGUCCGGAGCCAUUCCAGGGAAGUGAAACCGGAUGGGUCGGGUUUCGUGUGAAGGCAUGCCAAGGGCCGGCAUGGCCUACUUGAUUCAAUUUACGAGAAUAUUGUUGACAGCCAUAAAUCUAAGUCACCACUGCAGCGAAAGUAGUAAUACGCUGUAAGACUUGGCCCUG